GGUGCUAAUUGGGAUUGUUCACUAGCCAAUAUAUUAGCAGAUAUCGCCGUGGGCGCUUAUUGCGUCGAAUACGGUAGUAGUCCUCAGAACAGUUUUGCAGGCUGAUACCAUUGGCUAUCAUUAUGUAGCCAGCUGCGUCUUGAAAUGCCAUUUGAUCAUUGACUAACCCACCAAUCAUUCGACGGUUUGAAUUGAGGGGGUGCAGCUUCAGCAUAACUGAUCAUAGAUCAGUAGUACUUAUACAAUGGUGUGUUUGUCACCAGUACUAUUUACCUUUUUGGUUUACAGGUAAGAUAUUCUGAAAUUUCUAUAUGCAAAAAAGUUUUUUUUGUGAUAAUCAGAAAGAUGGGUAUAUGUUAUGCCUGUUAAAUGUCGCUUUGCAGACUGCUGUUAGUCUAAGACAUCUAUUCAAGAUGUUUAGCUAACUUCAUUGCGGACAAACGAUGUGUAUAACAGGAGACUUCAGACCUCAUGCUUUCAUGCCCACCUUCUGGGCCAUUUGUCUCCUGUAAAAUGUAUCGGAUUAACCCGUAACCAACAAGCAUAAAAUUCAAUGGUGAUAUUUGUUUCAUAAUUUCAAGCUCUUUUCUUCAAAUAUGGACUGGCAACAUCAGUGCUGGUGAUACUUUUAGGACUGGAGUGAUUGUCUACAUGACUAUCAACAGGUGUAAUUUAAGAUGUUAUAGUCAAGUAGACAACUGAAUUGUUUCAGCAACGACUGUGUUUCAAAUGCAGUCAUAACACUGGUUUACAAUUAUUUUACAUUGAAUACAUUUGAAGCAAUGUAGUCGUGUAAGUGGAAUCCGUUCUGAUUUAUCAAUGAACAGAAAUUCUUACAGCUGUUCACAGAUGCUCAUGCUUCCUUGAAUUAAGUCGGGUAAAUAAGUAAUCAACAUGAAUAGGAAGGCUAUAGAAAUCUAUUUGUUAACACAUGCUGUCACUUCUUGGGACAUUUUCGGGCAGAUUUCUGCUGAAGGCAAUGCCUUCCAUGUCCUUUGUCAGGCACAACGUGUGCAAUGGAUGGGAUGAACCCAGGUGAGUUACUUCAAACAUUCAUCUCUGGACAUAAUGUACAUACAUUUGUGUGUUUCCUUUCUGUGUGGUCUGGUCUACCAUGUCCACUGGUAUAUAUGCAGUCUGCAUUGUUUGGACUGGACAUAGAUGGGAUCUGUUAAGCACACACAUUGUGUUUUCAGGGUUAGAAACUAACAGUUUUCGUCCACUAGUCCUUAUAAUGCUUACAUAUAGCAAAACCUUUAAAAAGGGCUAAUUUCUACUAGUCCUUCUGAUACCUUUACCAUUGGGCAGUUUGGCAAGGACUAUAAGACUAGUGCCAAUUUCUAACCCUGUGUUUUACCUCCUACAAUGAAACUAUUGUAAUGUAAUGGAGGAUUAUUAUUCUUUCCAUGGUGGCACCCUUCCUUGAACAGCUGCUGAAGACUUCACCUUUUUUGUUAUGGUGUCUGGGACUAUAUUCUCUUCUUGUCGGAUUGCUUGUUUUAACCCCUUCAAUCCUAUAGACAAGUAAUAUCAGCAUCCCAGCAUCAGGUAGACACCAUUGGCUAUAUCCAACUACUUCAGCUUGUUUUGGACUUGUGGUUUAUGUAAAAGGACUGGAGUUUGGGAGAAAACGAAUCAUCACUCUCAAUUUUCACUGGUGUCUGAUUACUGCUUAUGGGAGUGUCUAUACCUGGACAUCGAUAGCUACUACAUCACUAUGACACCGUUUGUGUCCCAGUUUGAUGAAGGCACAACAAGAAGCUCUGACUGUGUUACAAGAUGUCUGGCCCAGCAACCCUGAGUGGAGCAUGGUUGGCUAGGAACUGAUAAGGAACCCCUAAUACCUUCAUCUGUGAGCUGGGCGGUCGGAUAGCCUAGUGGUUAAAGCGUUCGCUUGUCACGCCGAAGACCCAGGUUCUAUUGCCGACAUGGGUACAAUGUGUGAAGCCCAUUUCUGGUGUCCCCCGCCAUGAUAUUGCUGGAAUAUUGCUAAAAGCGGCGUAAAACCAUACUCACUCACUCUCUCACUCACUCAUCUGUGAGCUCACCAGUACAUGGUUUACCUUGAUCACCCCUGGGUCUGGUUCCUAUCCCUGCACUGGAGCCCAGGUAAAGAAACAUGUUCACUGACAAUCAAAUACCAGUGAAGUGUUAUUAGGUUUUGUCGUGGAUGUUGGUUUAUCCAUUGGCCAGUUGUCAUGAGAGUUCAUUUUCGUGUCAGUCAGUACACUUUUUGCUUUGUGACCUGUAGUUAAUCUUGUGGUCUCAAUCUACCAGGUUUUGUUUGCUGAGGUCACCUUCACUCUGGUUAUUAUCAUUUCAUGUCUUAUGCUUUAGGCUGAUUUGGAUGGUUGCUGUGCAUCUUGAGUGUCACUGGCCUAACAGGUGUAACUAUAAGAGUGAGUCUGUCCAUGAAAAUGGAGGCCAUUCAGUCAUCAUAUGCUUACCGUGGCAAACUUUAUGAUAUAUGCUGAUAAUUUACUGAUAUAGUUUCUCUUCCCUAUUGAAGGGGAGGUGGGGUAGCCUAGUGGUUAAAGCGUUCGCUUCCAUGCUGAAGACCCGGGUUGAUUCUUCACAUGGGCACAUUUCUGGUGUCCCCCGCUGUGAUAUUGCUGCAAUAUUGCUGAAAGCGGCGUAAAACCAUACUCACUCACUCACUUCCCUAUUGACACUGAUUUGAUAACCUAUGAAGUGAUAAUGUUGUUUUUCCCCCAUGGGCGCAAUGUGUGAAGCCCAUUUCUGGUGUACCCUGCCACGAUAUUGCUGGAAUAUUGCUAACUGCGGCGUAGAUCCUUACUCACUCACUCACUCACUCACUGAUAAUGUUGCUAUGGUUAUAAUCAGUGAUUUAAAUUUCCAAGUAACUCGAAGUGUCAAAGAUCAGUUAAAUAAUGACAUUUGGCAAGUAUGGUUUAAAUUUGUUUGGUUCUUUGCAUUUGUCGAUGUUGGCAAAUAAGUUUUGAGUAGAAUUGGCAGAUUCUUUAUUUGGUAUGUAGAACUUUGUAAAGUGUUCACUAUGAAUCCCACUUGCCACACAAUGUCUGGAUGAUAGGUAUCAGAAACCCAUUUCUCGUGUUAACAUUGUGAGUGAGAUGUGUUCAAGUUCCCACUUGGUAUUUUAUUUGUGAAGCCCAGAUUGUUGUUUAACUCAGCACUCAGCAAUAUUCCAGCUACAUGACAGCAGUCUAUAAAUAAUCUUGAUCAGACAAUUGACAAGUGAUUGACAUCAUGAGCAUCGAUCUAUGCAACUGAUAUGUAUAAUGAUAUGCAUCGACCAAGUCAGCGAGCCUGUCUACUUGUUUGCCUAUCAAGACAAGCAUGGGUUGUUGAAUACCAAUUCUAACCAUCCAAUUCUUCACAGGGCCCCAUUGUGAAAUGAAACCUCACAUGCAUAAAUCAGCUUUCACUUCACAGUGGUUAAAGCGUUCAGCUGUCAUGCCGAAGACCCGAGUUCGUUUCCCCACACGGGCACAAUCUGUGAAGCCUAUUUCUGGUGUCCCCCACCAUGAUAUUGCUGGAAUAUUGCUAAAAUAUACUCACUCACUCUCAUUCAUAUCUCAUCAAAUUCAGGCUAAGGCUCAGAAGUCUCAGAAGGCACUCUCUGUAAUUUUCCAGUUGUGAAUCUUGAGUUCCAAUAACAUUUGUCUGACAGCGUUUCAUUUACUAAGGAUGACACACCUUAAUCAGGUGCCAUCAACAUGCAGAGGAUUUCUUUGUUCUGUGAGGUAAUUUGCUUUUUCGCCAUCGUCAUUUUCGUUCUUGAUGAUGACCUGAAGCUAGGUCUCCAUCAGUGCCACUGAUGUGGAGUCAUCCCUGUUUCUUGUUACCCAAGGAAGAAUAGCCGCUAAUGGUUAUUCAUGUCAUUCUCCACAUUCUCUGAAUCACCCUCUGGUCAAAUAUUCCCACUAUGUGUUUCAGUGGAGAUUGUUUCGGAAUCCACUGAGAGGAUGUAUAAUGCAUUCUUAGUCCCAACACAUUCUUAGUCGCAGAUCUGUUGACACUGAACAAAAUUGUUUGUUGGCUGUAAAUAACAUAUGAUUUUGAAAGUAACGUUUCACCUGUAUUUGGUUGCAGGAGGAUGUAAUGGGUCAUCCCACACAAGCCAAGCAGCAGGCACCGCCAAUCAGAGACUUGCCUUGUUCGCAAAGCUACAGCAACAGAUUCCAGGAUUUGAAAACAUCCCAUCACCUAGAGUCCUGUCGGAACAGAUAGGAUCAGAUCGCAGGAUGAAAGAGCCUUUGAAGAACGUUUCGAGGAGCAAUUUGUUUGUGCAGUGCAUUGCCAGAGAUGGUGUAGAAAAGGGACUGCAAACUGAUCAUCAGGCUACUCAUAGUGUGUGGUCUGCAUUAGAUAAUCAGGAAAUUCAGUCAACCUCAAGAAACUAUGGCCCUGAAGUAAAGAUGGAUGCUAACGAUGCAUCAAGUGGCAGACCAGGAGACAGUGGUGCAACUCCGAUGCAAUAUGGUAGCUAUGAUUACCCGUAUAUGCAGCCACAACAAGAGCAACAAAUAUAUGGGCAUCCUCAAUAUCAUCCAUAUUAUUAUAGCCAUCAGCAUCAAUACAACUAUAUGCCUCCAGAAUAUGGAACACCUGGUGUCACUCAGGAUGCGUAUGCACAAGACAUGAAUAGACAACCUGAGAGAAAUUGGCAGGGAGUUGACAGGGCUUGGGGGGAGGACUUGGACCGAAGUGAUAGAAGUGAGAGAUCUAGGAGACGUGAACAUUCUCCUGAUGGAGAGAGACGUUCACCUGUACGGCAAAGACGUUCACCUGACAGACAAAGACGUUCACCUGUCAGACAUAGACGUUCACCUGUCAGACAAAGACGUUCACAUGAUAGAAACAGAAGCUCACCAGAUAGACAAAGAAAUUCACCCAAUAGACACAGACUCUCAUCUGAUAGAUAUACAGUGGAGCGCAGGAAAUCACCACAAGGUCGAGAGAAAAAUUCUACUAGCUCUGGUGAAGAGAAUAGCUCUAAAACAUCGUACCGAAGGUAUAGAAAGUAUCUGUCAUCUGUAGGGCAAAAUAAAUACAUUGAGACCACAGGCAAGACAUCAGAAGAAGAAAGGAUUUUAACGCGGGCAUCAAAUCCACCAUCAAUAAAAGAAUUAAAGGAAAAGUAUGAAUUGUUUUUGAAAAACAGGGAUGGUAUUGCUUCACCCUCUGAUCAAAUGUCAGAAAAGCAGGAUUCAAAUUCUGAAUCCUCUGUCUUUAAACGACCACUUCCUCCACCCAGUACCAAAUCAAAGUCAAGACAUUCAGAAACAUCAGGCCCUCCAAGGGAAAAGCAGAGUAGAUUUUCCAACGAUUACUCUUCCGUUCCACCACCUGUUUUUAAGGAUGUAAAGCCCAGUACCAAAUCAAAUUCAAGACAUUCAGAAACAUCAGGCCCUCCAAGGCCAAAACAAAGAUUUUCAAAGGAUUUCUGCCCAGUUCCACCUUCUGAAUUUAAUGUAAAGCCAUAUGAAAAGACUAGGAGAGAGAGAGAAAAGGACCCAGGUAUUUUAGGAACUGCUCAUAUUGCUUCUAAAUAUGUCAAUAAAGAUUCAUCUGGGUGUCAUGCUUUCCCUUCAGAGGCUACCAGUACAUAUGAUGCUGAGAAGGCCAAGCUUGCAAUGGCCUUAGCCUCAACAAAACCAAACAGAAAUUCUGUGGAAUGUAUCAAAGAUCCAAGACAACCAAAUCAAGGGGGUACUGUUAGUGACUUUAUAGCUAACUUCAUUUCCACGGUAUGCAAGUCCAAAGGGGGAUUACAAAUUGUAGCCAACAAGUACAAGUUGCCAGGAAAUUGUAUUGGGCUUUUGCCACCUAAGAUGACCCAAGAUGUUUGGUCUAUUCUUGCGAAACCCACCCAGGUAAAAGAUGAAAUGUUGCAAGAUGUGGAGAGAUGGUUGGCACUUGGUCUUAUUCCUAUUAUAAGAUUGAUCUGUAUAUUUGGAACUUGUGCACAAUCUGCGAAGGAGGUCCGUUGCAUGACUAGUGAUGCUCUAACCGUUUUGGGGUAUGUGUGUCGCAACAUGUCUAUCAAACGAAGAUUGUUGAUGCGUAAUGCAUUAAACAAGAAGUAUGCUGUGUUAUGCAGGACAUCCAAUUGUGUGUCUGAUUACAUCUUUGGGGGAAACCUAGCAAAGGAUCUCAUGGAAAUCAAACUUGGAAACUACCACAUACGAAACUCCAAUGAAGAAGAUAAUGAUGAUAUUUUUGCACCAAACUACAAGCUGAAAUUCUGCGCUGGUCUUGCUUUGGUUGGUCCUGAUGCUGAUGUCAAUGUGGCAGGCAUGAUCAAUAUGGCAUGUGCCAAUGAUGGAGAUGUUGAGGAUUUGAGAGAGAAGUAUAUGAUGCCUUUAAAUUGUGACUGCCUUCUGCCAUCAAGAAUUAAUCCCGAGAUCUGGAGUCUGUUGUCCAGGUCUGGGUUGGAGAUUGACUACCGGCUCCAGGAUGUACAGCUAUGUAUAUCAGAGGGGAUGAUUCCUCUGAUGAAGCUCCUACAGUCAAUCCAUGAGAAGAAAUAUGACCCGGAUGUAACCCUGGGCAGGCUUACAGAUGCCCUGGCACUUCUUGGCAAUUCCAUUUACCAAAUGAACAAAGUGAGAAUGGAGCUGAUGAUGAAAACUCUACCUAUAGAGGCCCAUGGUUUCUGUCGCUGGUAUUGGUCCGGGGCUGAACAGGUUUCCGGUGAUCAUCUGGAAGUGGAACUUCAAGCUCGCGAGGAGUCUGACACCAGCAAGAUGGCGGAUGUUAUUUUGGGGGUAGUGAAGGCACAGAAGAACCAACACAGCUGAGUGUCAUUUUCGAGUCCUACGGCACUGGACACUGAAGAGGAUGAGCAACACAGAUCUCAGACCAUUACUACCAUGACUACAAAAACAAAUCUUAAUGGUCAUGUAUUUUCACACCUUUGUCUUAUGAAAGGACAGUGACGUAGGGUGUAUUUGUAAGGGAUUAUUGACAAAGAGGCAGAAUGAGUUAAUCAUGUUGAGAUGUAUUGAUAAUAAACCUUUUUUUGUAAAAUAUUCUGAUGGAUGUUUAUUCUGUAUAUUAAAAUAAAUGUUAUUUUAUCACAUUCUUCAUUGAUAUUUGUUGGUGCUGUUUAGUUCAAUAGGUCAGUUAAACAGUGAUUUACAAUCAUUUUGUUAACACAGUAUAGUAGGUAAUAUACAGAUGUUUCAAAUGUUUUAAGUGCUUAAGGAAACAUUUAUAUGUUGAAGUAUUAAUGAUGGUGAAUUUGUGUCUCACAGUCCCCAUGUUAUUUCCUUUCAAUUUGUCUCUCCAUCUCUGGGGGCACGGGUGGCCCAGUCGUCUAAGGCGCCGCGAUUCGCUGUGCAGAGUUGCCUCCCUUGGGCACGCCAGAAACCUAUGAUUGUGGGUUCGAAUCACGGUUCGCCCUGAUUAUGUUUCU